AUGGCCGCCUCUCCCGUCCAGAACCCCACGGUUCAGUCCGAAUCCAAGUCCGCCAAGAAGAAGAAGGCGAAGGCCAUUGAGCGCACCGAGUCUCCUGCUCCUACUGCCUCUCCCGCUCCCGAGAAGGCUGAUGGCUCCGAUGAGUCCGGCGAGAGCCCCUACAUUCGCGAGCUCCAGAAGAACCUCCGCAACACCAACAAGAAGCUUACCAAUGCCUCCAAGAUUGACAGCCUGAUCGCUGAGAAUGCCAACAAGACCCUUGACGAGCUUGUCGCGUCGCGCGUUAUUAACGCCGACCAGAAGGCUCAGUACUUGAAGAAGCCGGCUCUCCAGGCUCAGGCCCAACAAUACGAGGAGCAGCUUGCUCAGUACAAGAAGAUCGACCAGGAGUACCGUACUCGUGCUGCUAACGAGAAGGCUGAGCUGGAGAAGGCCUUUGCAGAGAAGCUGGAGAAGGAGAAGGCCGAGGCCGUUGCCGAGGUCAAGGCCAAGCUCGAGGGCGACUCCUCUCAGUCUAUUCACAGCAAGCUCCUGAUUCUGUCGCAAUUCCUUCGCCUCGCCGCUGCCCGCCGAUCUGAGGAGGCCGACGCCACUAUCGACGAGAACGCAGCUCUUGAGGGAACUCUGUUGGCUAUCUAUGCCGGUGACGAUAACGCCGUUGCCGCCAUGUUGAAGCUGAUUGACGGUACCGACGACAAGACCUACGGAGUCGCUGGCGAGGAGCUGAACACCACUUUUGCGCAGGUCAAGCAGGCCUCUCUGGCCUUCAAGGUCACCUACGACGAGGCCGCCGCUGUCGAGGCCGAAACCGCUGCCGCCGAGCCUGCUACCGAUCCUACCGUCGCCAACGCUACCGUGAACGAGAUCGAGGCUGGCGAUGAUGUUGCCCUGACCAACGGCCACCCCGAGCAGAGCAUCGAGAGCCCGGCCAACGCUAACAUCACCAGCGGCUCUGGCAACGCUGCCGGCGAGAGAUGGGAUCAAAACGACAACAGCCUCUCCGAGUCCCAAGAAUGGGUCUCCGUGCCCCGCGACCCCGCUGAGACGGAGACUGGCGUCGAGGCCACCCCUGCUGCCGUGUCCAACACCCAGUCCUGGGCUGACGACCAGCCCGAGCACCAGGAGGCUCAGCCCGAGGCUCCUGCCCCUGCCGCUGCUGACCCUAACGAUGGCUUCCAUCAGGUUCAGGGACGCAACCGCGGUCGUGAGGGUGGUUCUGGUCACCGUGGUCGUGGCCGUGGCGAGUGGCGCGGCCGUGGUGGCUUCCGCGGCGAGGGUCGUGGUGGACGUGGUCGCGGCGGCCAGCGUGGAGGUUCCGUUUCGAUGCGCGGACCUCGCCGCAACGAGGAGUCGUAG